AUGAAGACCACCAAGAACCCUCAGCCGGUCUCGGCUUCUCAUAAUGAAAACGUCCCUUCAGAUGACAGCGUUCCCACCUACCAACAACCCGCCAAGAAGGGGCUCAUCGUCGGAGGAAAGUUCCGGGAUGAACUUUCAGAUGAACAAUCCCAAGAGUACGACAGCAAUCUACUACAAGAAGUCGACAUCGAUCUGCCUCUCACCGCCACAAAGCCCAAAGAACACGAUGGCCGGCAAUAUAUUGUUCUCGACUUCGUCGCUGGUGAUAAGGAAAACCCAUUCAACUGGAGUGGAGGCCGAAAGGCGUUCAUUGCUACUUUGCUUUGCUUGAUGACCUUGUUCAUUGGUCUGGCCACAACCGCCUACAGUUCUGGAAUCGGCAAGAUGGUUAAGGAGCUUCACACCACCACUAUCAUCGGUCAGCUUGGUCUGUUCUGCUUCAACUUCACCUGUGCUUUGGCCCCUCUCUUCCUCGCUCCAUUCUGUGAAUUGGCUGGUCGCCGUGUCAUCUAUGUCGGUGCCUACGUCUGCUUCUGCCUGAUGUUCAUCGGUCUUGCCCUUGGUAAGAACAUUGCUACCAUCCUCGUCUGCCGUUCUCUACUCGGUUUGUUCGGUUGUGUCGGUACCAUUCUCGUCGGUGGUACCUUCGGUGAUAUGUACACUCCCGAGCACCGUGCCAUCCCCAUGGCUUGCUUCUCCUUCAUUGCCAUUCUCGGUACAGUUGGUGCUCCCAUCUACGCCGGUUUCAUUGACCAGGCUCUCGGUUGGCGCUGGCUCGAGGGUAUCCAGGGUCUUGCCAACAUUCCCCUGGGUAUUGCCAUUGUCAUCUUCCUUCCCGAGACCCGUGGCAGCGUUUGCCUCUCCAAGCGUGCCAAGAAGAUCCGCCAGGCCACCGGUGAUGACCGUUUCGUUACCCUGAACGACAUCGAAGCUCCCGGCAUCAAGCACAUGCUUCACAACUCCUCCGUCAAGGCCGUCAAGAUGCUUUUCACCGAGCCCGUCGUCUUUGCCUUUGGUCUGUGGAUUUCCUUCGCCUGGUUCCUCGCCUUCCUUUUCUUGUCUGUGAUUCCCAUCACCUUCCAGGAGAAGCGCGGCUGGAACGAGGGUGUCUCCGGACUUCCCUACAUCUCCCUCUGUCUCGGUACCACCAUCGGUUUCGGUCUGAACUUCCUGCAAAUCCGCAAGUACAAGUCCCUCACCCAGGACCCCAAUGCGGAGGUCUCUCCUGAGGCUCGUCUGUACGGUGCUCUCUUCGGUGCCGUCUGGCUGCCCGUUGGUCUGUUCAUUUACAGCUUCACCCAGUACAAGGGUCUGCACUGGAUCGGACCCGUCAUUGGUCUCGCCCUGAUUACCAUUGGUAUCUUCUUCAUUUUCGAGUCCUGCUACAGUUAUACCUCCGACUGUUACGGUGAACACUCUUCCUCCGCCAUUGCCGGCCAGGGUUUCAUGCGUAACACCCUUGGUGCCGUGUCACCUCUCUUCGCAUCCCAGUUCUUCCACAACCUGGGUAGUCAGUAUGCCGGUCUGCUGCUGGCUCUGGUUGCGACAGCUUUGACUUUCAUUCCAUUCGUCCUCUACAAGUUCGGUCCUGCGCUGCGCGCACGCUCCCGACUUGCCAGUGCCACGGUCAACGGCACUGACUAA